GAAGACGCCGAAGGGGGGUGAACAAGUAAAAAGGCGCAAGGAGCCUUGAAGUCCUGGCCGUAGGGAAGAAACUGCACUUUUUGUACUGCAAAAAAAGCACUUUAGUCCGUGCAGGCACAUCCCUGCAUUGAGAGCAUCAUUUAAUUGUGAAGCAGAAGUAUUUCAUAUUUUGUUUAUCAACUAUUUAUUUAUUUGGAACUUUUAAUCCAGCCACUUCUAUUAUGGGACGACCAAGUAUUUUAUUGUUCGUGGUGUUAUUUUACGCACUGGAAACACGCGCUGACUUUAUAGCGACCACAGAGGAGUCUCCGUUAGGCAACAGCACAGAGUGGCUUACCGACUACACCAGCAUUGAGUCGAAAUUUUCCCUCCGCAGUCCUGAGGUCCCAGAUGAUGAUCUCUGCUACCUGGUUCCUGGACAGAUUGACACCAUUGAAGAGUGCAACUUUAAGCGGACCUCAAAAACCUUUGUCGUCAUUCACGGGUGGACGGUGACUGGCCUGUAUGAAAGCUGGAUUGCGAAGCUGGUGGCAGCUCUGUUUGAGCGGGAGCCUAGCGCCAACGUGAUCGUGGUGGACUGGCUGUACAGAGCCCAGCAGCAUUAUCCCACGUCGGCAGCCUACACCAAGCUGGUCGGGCAGGACCUUGCCAAGUUCAUGAACUGGAUUGAGGUAGAGGGAAACUACACCUUAAAUAACCUGCAUCUGCUUGGGUACAGCCUGGGUGCACAUGUUGCAGGCAUCGCUGGAAGCCUGACCAACAACAAAGUCAGCCGAAUUACAGGUCUGGACCCUGCCGGCCCCAAUUUUGAAUACGCGGAGGAGAAGGUGCGCCUCUCACCUGAUGAUGCAAACUUCGUGGACGUGCUCCACACCUACACCCGUGGCUCUCCAGAUCGCAGCAUUGGCAUCCAGAAACCCGUGGGCCAUGUGGACAUCUACCCCAAUGGAGGAAGCUUCCAGCCAGGCUGCGACUUGCACAAGGCUAUGCUCAUGAUUGCCGCCAAUGGUUUUGCAGAAAUGGACCAGAUUGUCAAGUGCUCUCACGAACGCUCCAUUCACCUGUUCAUCGACUCUCUCCUGAACGAGGAAAAGCAAAGCAUGGCGUACCGCUGCAACGCCAAGGAGACUUUCGAGAAGGGCUUGUGCCUCAGCUGCCGUAAAAACCGCUGCAACACUCUGGGCUACGAGAUCAACAAGGUGCGCAGCAAGCGCAGCAGCCGCAUGUAUCUGAAGACCCGCGAGGUGAUGCCUUACAAAGUUUUCCAUUAUCAGUUGAAGAUCCACUUCUUUAGUCAAGAGAACAUCACCUUCACAGAGCAGCCAGUUCAAGUGUCCCUGUAUGGCACCCAUGAUGAGGCCCAGAACAUCGCGCUUGUCCUACCAAAACUCUCAACCAACAAGACCUUCUCCUUCCUGGUGACUACUGACGUCAACAUCGGAGACCUCCUGAUGGUGAAGCUCAUGUGGGAGAAGGACUCCUAUUUCAGCUGGACUGACUGGUGGAAAGGUUACAAGUUCAACAUUCGCAAGAUCAGAGUGAAAGCCGGAGAGACCCAGGCCAAGAUGACAUUCAGCGCCAAGGAUGGUGAGAUGGCCGCCUUAGUAAGAGGAGGUGAAUUUGUGGAUUUUGUGAAAUCUAAAGAAGACCAAGCAAGCAAAAGACACGCAAGGCGACAUGGACACCGAAGAUCUAAAAACCCUUGGAAGUCAAACAGUGAUUGAAGAACAAAUACAGACUGCCGUCGAUGGACAGUGACACAGUAUAUUUAUAUUUAUAUACAUGCCUGCCCAGUGGUUGUAUAUGCAUCCUAGACUACAAGGAUCAAAUUGGAAAACCGAAACAUGGGAUAAGAACCUCUUCUAGCACUUGUCACCUAGCAAAGACAUCAGCUCAGCUCAGUUCUUUUGGUUGGUUUCUGAUAUUCAUCUUGGUGAACUGUAUCUGCUUCCAUCCUUUCUCUUAUACCGUGUUGUGCCAAGGUCAUGGUCUUCACUUCAGCAACUGGAGGCUGCCAGGCUUGUAGGCAUCUUGGCAUCCUGUUUUUAACAAUUUCCAACAUAUUUUUUGAGGAUUAUAUACACUGGGAUAAUGUUUCAAGAAGACGAACCAUCAUUAGCUUGGACAGAUGCUCAGCAGCAUUCCUCUGUGGUUUCUGUUUUAUUGAGUCUGGGAUCCCCAGCUUGUUGUCCAGGCUCAGCUGUCUCUUUGGAUUGAGGUCUGUUUGACGGAAGUUGACUUACAGGACUCUGCCAUAAAUUCAGUAACAGCAGGGUGAUGGCCCUCCUUCCUUUGUAAGAUGUGAGUGCAGCUUCAUGGCUUAGGGUGCAAGGCCAAGUUUUACCUUGCCUCAUUAACAUUUUAAAGUAUAUACAUAAUGUGUAUAGUGUGUGUAUGCAGAUGUAUAUAUGUGUAUAUGUAU